AUUUUAUCUUUAAUCAAAUGUUGAGUUCUUGUAUAACGCUGUGUUGUUCUUUUUCGUACAUCGUUUACUUUCUUUUUGGAUUGGAGAGUGCUGGCGAUGCUACCACAACAAAAUGUCGACAAGUGAUGUGAGCCUUCCAGUUUUGGAUGAAAACGAAAAGAAAAUUGUGAAUGAAUUCUGUCAUCUACUGGAAAAAUCAAAGCAAUUAUUCAAUGGGUUAAGGGACCUCCCUCAGUAUGGACACAAACAGUGGCAGUCCUAUUUUGGCAGAACUUUUGAUGUUUACACAAAGCUCUGGAAAUUUCAGCAGCAACAUAGACAAAUUUUGGAUACCAAAUAUGGCUUAAAGAGAUGGCAGAUAGGAGAAGUAGCAUCCAAAAUAGGUCAACUCUACUACCAUUACUACUUGAGAACCAGUGAAACUAAUUACCUGAAUGAAUCCUUCAACUUCUACUCAGCUAUUCGUCAGAGAGGGUAUUACUCGAGGGCUAGCAAAGAGGAGAGGCCUGAUCUGAUGGUCAAGAAGCUGCGUUUUUAUGCAAGGUUCAUUUUAGUUUGUUUAUUGCUGAAGAAAAUGAAGCUUGUAAAAGACCUAGAGAGAGACCUUGGUAAGCAGAUAGAUGAUUACACUUCCACCUACCAGCCAGAGGACCAGAAUGAAUGGAAAACUGUCCUCUCAGAAAUCAGAGAGUUUGAAGACGCUGACUGCACAGUGAGGGUUUUGGACCAUGACGGUACCCCCAUUGUUCUGUCUCAUAGACUGACCCCCCUAAAUACUCCUCCCCUAGAGAAGGGCACCCCAGCUAUACUCAGACUCCAGGAAAUCCUGAUAGUGGGGAACUCUUCAGAACAGCUGAAAUACAGUGAACUGACCUUGGACAUGUUUAGAAUGUUACAGACUUUGGAGAGAGAACCCCAGGAAGAUUUAUCCAAUCAAAUUUACGAUGCCUCCCCUGCUCCUGGGAGACCACCAUAUUUGUUGCCAUCAUAUAUGAAAAAAGAGGAAAAUGGUGAGAGAAACAAUCGACGAGAAAAUCCCCACAAGUACCUCCUGUACAAACCCACGUACAGCCAGCUGAACACAUUCCUAGCCUCAGGGUUCAAAGAACUUCCACCUACCGGUAUAAUACUCCUGUAUAUUUCAGCCGAUGGCAGCCCGACUAACAUGAAGCAUGGAGACGAUCCUGCCUAUGACCUAGGGGGUGUGGUCACUAAUGCUAGGAGAGAUGGAGAGGAGAUUAUACGAACCAAAAAACUGGGGCAUCUCAAAGAAGUGCACUGCUUACAUCCUGGAGAUCUUUAUCCCUACACAAGAAAGCCUUUAUUUGUGAUUGUUGACAGCGACAACAGUUCCUCAUUCCAGAAUAUUCCAAAUUUGUUUGGGCAGCCUGUAGUAUGUUUACUGUCUCCAGAAAGAGCACCACCAACCAUGCAAGACAAGCACAGAAGAGGAAACCUUUUCACGAUGUUUCUACAUGACCCUCUGAUGGCAUUCUGCUAUGUCUGUAAUAUCUAUGAAGUUCCUGUCGACCUUUGGGACAAAUGCACCGGGGUCAUAGACAAGUUCAUGGCUGAAACAUCCAAACUCUUUUCUAGAUCUAAAAAACUAGAUAACAUGUAUAUCCAAUUCUUCGGUGAUGACUUCCUGAGGUUGCUGAUGUUACGAUUUGUCUUCUGCUACAUUGUGCUGAUACUUCAUAGAGGGUUUAAGGGACCAAACUUCUACCCCACCUGUUCACCCCUGCUACCAACAGAUGAAAUCCUGGAGCACCCCACCCUAUACAAAGUAGUCCUCGACUUAGCUACCAUAGUGGACAAUAGAACUUUGUUUGCUGAGCCGGGGGAAGGAGAUUUACACGGAGCGACAUAACUCUGAAAAUAGAUUCUUAGGAAUUUAAUAAUUUGCUCAGAGAAUUUUUUCUCUCUUCAAAAAGUUGUGUAAUUUUCUUUUCUUUUCUCUGAAUACUUUAGUGUUUAUCUUUGAAGGGUUAAUAAUGAGAACACUUAAAGAAAUUUUUUUUUACCAGUAUCUACAAGAAGUUGUGUGCAUGACAAAGCAUAAUAUAUGAAAUAUAAAUACUGUAUAUUUAUGUAUUUAAUGACUUACUAAAUUAUUAAUGCAUCUACAGUUUAAUGUAUACAACAAUAAUGGGGCUUUUUAUGUGAAAGUAUGAUAACCUUGAGUGUAAUAUUUAUUUUAAAACCAAAUAUUUUUUUGACAAUCUAGAGUGGUAAGGAUGAUUUUUCUUUGUUUGCAUUGUGAUAAUCAUGUGAUCAUAAUUCACUAGUCUCCAAGCUUGUGAUGUCUGUAUGUGUGUCAAGUGUAUGCUAUUUGUAAUUUAAAUCAAUUGUCCCAUAUCCAAAUGUAUUUGUAGGUCAUUGCGUUUUCUGUAGAAAAACUGAAAUUUGCACAGACCAUUAAUAGACAGGACAAUGAAUGUUGACCAAAUUUUGUCACAUGCACUUUGAGAAUUAUAUAUAUGCAUGUAAAUCACAAACAUUACUAUAUUUGAGAAUUAUAAACAUCACAAACAUUAGAACAUGCAAAAAAAAUCUUGUAUAAAAUAUCUCUUUUAGAAAUGGAAAGUUCAUUUCAUUCAUGUGUACUACGCAAUUUCCUGUAUUUAUAUAAAGAAGACAAGAUAAUCUAAAUACAAAUGGUACAGGAAUAAACA